AUGCCGGGACCACGGCUGGCACCGCUGGACCUGGGCUUGGUCAUUGCCAGGGCAUCGCAGGCCAGUGCUGCCAUGAUGUCGACGGGCAGCUGGGAAGGGCUAAUUGCACAGGACUUGGCUUCCCAUAGCCACUCCCUGGGGGACCUGUGCCUGGAGCCUGACUUGGUGCUGGACCCCACACCCACCCGCGCAGCCAGCCCCCACGUGGGUGUCCACCCCUUUCCAAAGCGGGGCCGAGGCUCGGAGAUUCGGAACCGCCAGGAUGCGCCCACAUCCGCCCGACUGCAGAGCCCGGCUCUCUCCGCCAACCACACUGCCUCUCAUGCCUUCACCCACACCCAGCAAGUGCCUACUGAGGGCUCUGCAUCCGACAGACACCGCAGCGGGCACGGCAGGGCGUCCCUGCCCCCGAAGCUGCCUGUCCGGCACACAGAGGGCCACGGGGUGGCACUGAACUGUAUCCCUCCCUCUGUCUUUCCAGAAGUCCGUUCGGAAUUCGAUCAGAUCGACACGUCCAACCCAAACUGUGUGGUCAUUGCGGACGCGGGAGAACACUUUUCCUACCGGAACAUGAACAGGGCCUUCCAGGUGCUCAUGGGGCUGGCGGACCCCGUGCUCAUCUCCCUGGGGAAGGGGCGCUACUACAAGGAGACCUCGGGCCUGAUGCUGGACGUCGGCGGCUACAUGAAGGCGCUCGAGUACGCCUGUGGCGUCGAGGCCGAGGUGGUGGGCAAGCCCUCCCCGGAGUUCUUCAGGUCGGCCCUGCAGGAGCUGGGCGUGGAGGCCCACCAGGCCGUCAUGAUCGGAGACGACAUUGUGGGCGACGUCGGCGGGGCGCAGCGGUGCGGGAUGCGAGCGCUGCAAGUGCGGACCGGGAAGUUCAGGCCCAGCGAUGAGCAGCAUCCCGAAGUUAAGGCUGACGGGUACGUGGACAACCUCGCGGAGGCCGUGGACCUGCUGCUGCUGCACGCGGACAAGUGAUGGGCCUUCGGGGAAGGUCCCCAGCCCCCUGGCACCGCCCACCCACGCACCCAGUGCCCAGACCAACCCAGGCUCUGCCCUCGCCCUCCACAGCAGGCGAGGGGCCCAGCCAGACGGUGUGGGCAACCAGCCCUCCUCUCUCCCUCCCCGUGCCUGCUCCCUGCCCCGCAGCCCUGUGAAGCCAGGAGAGUGGGCUAGGCCUCCAGAAGAGAAAAGCCCCCAGGCAGGGGCUGGGGUACCCCGGGAAUACAGGAGCCCCCAGGUGCACGUGCUCUCCAGGGGCACCGGGUCCUGUAGGUGCUCCUCCACCUGGGCCCCAGGCAGGUCCCAGCCUCAUGAUCCAACCUUCCUGGCCUUUCAGCACGGAGCCUGGAGGACACGGGCCUUCCCUCAGCCCACGCAGCCCCAGCUGAGCCAGCCCCCGGGCACUGCCCAGCCCAGCCCCCGCCUGGACUCAGAGUGGCCACUCAGCACCCCCCUCAACCCCCACACACCCCUAACGCAGCACACUGUCCUGUCCCCACAUCACCUGUGGAGCCCAAAGCUGGGCAGCUCCCAGGGGCCUUUGGAGCAGCGCUUGCCGAUCGGUGGGCCGCGGACCCCUGGUGUCCGUGAGGCCGAAAGGUUGGCGACCUGCUUAGGAGGCCCACGUGCUACAGAGCGAGAAUGGUCAGCACUGGAUGGGCUGCAGGCAGAGGGCACUUCCUGGAGCCGUAACUCCAUAGACUCGAGCGUCGCACCCACUGUGUGCAGGACACUAACCAUGAAAUAAACCACCUGGCCUGUGCCGA